GUGGCCCGGGCGGCAUCUGCUCAGGAGGCGGAAAGAAGCGAGGCUCACUGUGCCGGCCUGCACAAGACACUGCUGGACUCUGAAGCGGCUUCGGAGAAUCUGCGCCAGAAGCUUCUCCACUGGGAGGAGUCCACAGACUCGCCAGAGGGCGGCCUCGAGGCCUUGAAUCUGAGGCACGUUCAAGCCUCUACUGGGCACCUGGAGAAGCUCAGUGUCGACCUUCGCGCACACUUGCGACGGGCAGGCGAGUCUUCUGCAGACCAGGAGGCAUCAGUACACGACUUCGGCGUGAGGCUUCGGAGUGUCCAGGCCGCCGCAGCCGGCAAAGACGAGCAGGCAGCAGAGAUUUGGGCCCAGUUGAGGCACGUCGAGGCAAAUUCCGAGUCCCAGAAGUUGCCGGAGACCUUGAUUGCAAAGUUGCGCGAGGUUGUGCCAGACAGCGGUAGCGGAGGAAGCAAAGAGGAAGCCUUUCAAGUGAGGUUGAAACACGUUGAGGCCGCGGCGGUAGAGACGAAAGCGGCAUCAGAGAAGCUCCAAGUUCAACUGAGGCAUGCGGAGGCUUCCUCAGCCCACUUGGAGGAUGAAGUCCAGACGCUUCGCGUGAGACUGCGGCACGUGCCGUCGCGAGAGAACGCAGCUGUCCAGACAGAGCAGUCUAGUGCAGCACACAAGGCUCGCAAAACUGUGCUUUUUGGCACAGAGGAAAAGCAGUCGCUACCUGGAAGUGUUGUUUCCGAGCAGCCCGAGGAAGAGGAAUCGGACGAAGACAAGCCUGCCAAGCGCAGGGAUAAAUCCCGCAUGAAGUCGGUGGAUUUCCAAAGGGCAGGAUCAGCCGUGUCCUAUGUCCUGGAGUCCGAAGAAGAGCGGUCUGCAAGUGACAGAGAUGAGCCGAUGACCGGCAGAAUGUCUACAAUGUCGCAAGUUUCUGCGGUGUCUGAGUACUAUGACACUUACAACGAGACCUCGCAGCCUUGCAAAAGGAGGAGUCGUGGUCGCUCCACCUUGGAGACCUACGACGAAGAGGACCUCUGGGAUCCGGAGCACGUCGCCCGGAUCACCCGGAAGCUCUUCCUGAAGCAUGACAAGGACGGGACGGGCCGCAUCGAGUGGUCCUCUGGCGAGGCCAUCAAGUUCCUGGAGGAGUUCUUCUGGUUACACAAGCAGCCGCCUCCGAAGAUCCCGAAGCCCGCCUUUCACAGCCUCUACACGCAGGUAAAGAUGGACAGCAAGCCCUCAGGCUUCACGGAUGAGGACAUCGACGCUACGGGGCUCAACGUGGAGGAGAUGACAGCCUUCGCAUCCAAGGUCCACCAAUUCGUGUACAAACAGCUGGGCAAAGAGAUGAGGGCACAGCGCAAGAGCUUCGCCAUCAGCACGGGCGACACAGAAGUGUUAAAGCAGCUCUCGAAGCAGGAGGCCGCCCAUGAUUCCAGCCGGCGCCAAACGCAUCGCCGAGCCACACUAGGUGGGGUCAAGUUGCAGGACCUGGCCACGGCUGAUGCCGAGGCGGAGGAAGAGGCGGCGGCUUCCAAGCAGCGCCUGACCCAGCGCCGGGCGACUCUUGGCGGAGCUCGGCUGCAGGACACGUGA